AUGUCGCCACCAGAGGCCAACGCCUUUGGGCAACAUCUAGGCGACUCUCAGCGAUCACGAAGCUUGCGAGGCCGAGACCGCGGUGCAAAGGCAGGCGGUGACGACACACCCAGCCGACCACUCUCCCCAUUCCCGGGUACACCUAGUCGUGCGACCGUCUCCACGUCGAGCGUCCCGGUCUCGACACGCGUCGACUCCUCCCCACGCCGAGUACGCGAUACCACGGUCUCAUCUACAGUCUCAGGUCUCCUCUCACCACCGGCACUAUCGCCCGCAGCGUCGGACAGCGGUCGCGCGUCGCCUGGUUCGGCCUUGUCCGUGUCUGCCCCGUCAGUCGCUUCGGCGUCUGGCGUCUCGCUUCAGUCUGGCGGAUCGCGCAAGGGCAAGGAACGUGCAGACCCAUCCGUACCCGUCCCAGAUCCGGAACCAGACACGGAGGUCGACGAGACGGACGCGCGCGGCGAGGUGUCAGCGCCGUCAACGGGAGACGUGCGCAGAGGACUGCGAGAGCUCGUUCAGAGGGAUACCCGACCAAGGGGGCAUUCGCGUGCAGCGAGCAGCAGAGACGUGCAUACCCUCUCAAGCGUCCAGGACCGCUCCUUCUCGCCAAGGAGAUACUAUGUGCUGACGAACGCUGGCAAGCCAGUGCUGGCAAUAGGACAUCCCGACGAUGACUCCAUGACCAACAUGAUGGGUGUAGCGCAGGCGCUCAUAUCUAUCUUUGCAGAAGACGAUGACCGACCACGUUCCGUCCUCCGCGGCCAGACCCAGAUCACAUUCGUGCUCAAGCCUCAGCUCUACCUCUUCGCCGUCAGCGACUGGGGUGAGCCAGAGUAUGUGCUGCGCAUGCACCUAGAAUACAUCUACCUCCAGAUCCUCUCAGUUGUGACCGCUACUCAGAUCUCACGCGCAUUCCAACGACGCAGCAACUUUGACCUGUCGAGGCUACUCGAAGGCUCUGAUCCAUUCCUACACAAGAUUGUGGCUCAGUGUCAGCACGACCUGAGUUUCUUCACCACCACACUGCAGCCGCUCCGUAUGGCACCAGCUUUGAGGGAUACCGCGGCCUCGGCGUUGAUGCCUCCCGCCAAGUUCAAGGACCUACUUUACGUUCUACUUAUUGCUGGCGGCCACAUUGUCACGCUCCUCCGACCACGACGACACGCCGUCCACCCGUCCGACAUGCAUCUCCUCCUCAACACGCUGGCGACGUCGGCAACCCUGCGCUCCGUGGAGACAUGGCUACCAAUCUGCCUACCAAAGUUCAACCCGGCGGGCUUUGUCCACGCUUACAUUUCGUUUGUGCGCGAGGACGUUGGUUUGGUCUUCAUCAGCGCAGACAGGGACGCAUUCGAGCCCCUGUGCGGUUGGCGCGAGUCGGUCGUCGAGCAGUUGACCAAGGACGGCGCGCUCGACCGGAUCCAGGCCAGCGUCAAGGCGCACCCAUACAGCGUGGCAGCUGUCGGUUCGCCUGGCCUGCGACACUUUGUGUACAAGUCUCGCGGACUGACUCAGCUCACCGCACCAGAGUGGGAAGACCCUUACGGACCCGACAGCGCGGACAGGAAACGGCUUGUUACGUUGUACGAGCGCGUACAAGACACAUUGUUUGCGCGGUCAGGCCAGGCAGCCCCGCUCAAGCUGGUGUACAUGGCCAACGCGCACGAGGCUGUGCUCGGAUGGCUCACAAAGCCGUUUGAGCUGUACAUUGCCGUCUCGCCACACCUCCCCAUGAAUGCCGUCGUCAGCACCGCCAACCGCGUCGCCAAGUGGGUUAAUGCCGAGGAAGGGAAGGUGUUCCUCAAGGACGCGCCGGUGUUUUAG